CGUACGUUGGUAGCAUAUUUCAAUUAUCAAUUUUCGUAACGAUACAUGUGUUCAAUUAAUGGGUUAAUAUUUAUAUUUUCGUAUUAAACUUAGCAGUUUUAAUUUUAUUUAGAAAUAUGAUUGGUUUUUGUUAGUGGCUAGUUUUAAAUAUGGGUGUCUGAAGCUACUCGUUGAAAAUUCGAAUUUUUUUUUUCUUUUUAAAGAUAAACACUGGUGUCGAAUGCCGUGUUGCAGAAGUUAAAAGAAAGAAAGAAAGGAUAUCUUGAUACUCAACAAACAAUCUGGUAAGAUGCCAAUCAGAAAACGGGUGUUCACGACCAAGAAACGGAAUUCCGUGGCGGCCAUAGAACCGGGCAGCCCGGUGAAGAAGACAAAGAGGGCAGAGGGCUCGGCCGUGUGGUUCGUGGAGCUCCCGCCGCGGAGGGGGGACCCGGGGCUGGUGCUGGCCUGCGGGCAGGGGGACGUGGGCCAGCUGGGGCUGGGCGACGCCGUGACGGAGCGCUCGCGGCCGGCCCUCGUCCCCGGCCUGGACUCAGUGGUGCAGGUGUGCGCGGGCGGCAUGCACACCGUCGCCGUCGACAAGGACGGGCAGGUGUUGACGGCGGGCUGCAACGAUGACGGGGCGCUGGGGCGGGACACUGCUGAGGAGGGCUCGGAGUCCCGGCCCGGCAAGGUGAGCCUGCCGGCGAAGGCAGUGCAGGUGUCGGCCGGGGACUCCCACUCGGCGGCGCUGCUGGAGGACGGGCGGGUGUUCGCCUGGGGCUCCUUCAGGGACUUCCACGGCGUGAUGGGGCUGACGAAGGCCGGCGUCCAGCGCUCCCCCGUGCAGGUGCUACCCUCGGUGAGGUUCGCCAAGGUGGCUUCGGGAGUGGACCACCUGGUGCUGCUGUCCGAGACGGGGGAGGUGUACACCUGCGGCUGCGGGGAGCAGGGCCAGCUGGGGCGGGUCCCCGAGCGGGCCGCCGGCCGGGACAACAGCCGGCGGGGCAUCGGUCUGUUGCUAGACCCCGCUCCGGUGAAACUGGGCGCCCGCAAAGCCUCCAAGUUCAGCGACAUCUGGGCCGUCAGCUACGGAACAUUCAUCAAGGAAAAAGACAAGGAUGUCAUAUAUGUUUUCGGUCUGAACAACUACUGUCAGUUGGGUUUGAAAGAUCUUAGCUGCCAUUUCCAUCCUCAACUUUCAGCUGAAUUUUCUGGAAAGAAGUGGCUUAAAAUUUGUGGUGGAUUGCAUCAUACAUUGGCCUUGGAUAGUGAAGGCAUCACGUACAGCCUGGGGCGCGAGGAGUACGGGCGGCUGGGGCUCGGCCAGGGCAGCGGGGACGCGAGGAAGCCGACGCCCGUGCUGGAGGAGAAGUGCGUCGACAUCGCCUGCGGAGGCACCGUCUCGUUCGCGGUCACGGACACCGGUCAGCUGUACGGCUGGGGCAUGGGCUCCAACGGCCAGCUGGGGCUGGCCAGCGAGGACGACGUGUACCGGCCCGCCCCGGUGCGGAGCAAGCAGCUGGAGGCCAGGCGGGUGCUGCAGGUGGACGCGGGCGGGCAGCACACAGUGAUCCUGGCCUCGCCCUGAGCCCCCCCGCGUUCGCUCGCGUAGGUGACGGCGUUUCCGCUCGCCUCCGUGCCCGGCUUGAAGAUGGAUCCUGCCGCCGAAGAUCGUGCAUCUUGCGGCCAAACAGUGUCACGUUUGGGACUUUGAAAAAAAAGAAAAGAACUGUGAUAUUGCGGUUUUCGAAACAUUUUUUUUUUUUUUUGCCGCUUUCGUGGAAGUGACGUGUAAUUUUUUUGCUACCGUAAUAGCUCAGUAUUAGCUUUGUUUCUGCAGUGUCAUUUAAUUUAUUUGCUUAACUUGCUUUGUGUGAGUGUCAAAAAUAUGCGAACCUGUGUACGGAACUUGCAAUUUUCCCUUCAAUUUCUGCAUGUGACUUGUGCUUGAAAACAUGUCGAAUAGCCCUUUUUUUUUUUUUUUUUUUUUUUUUUUACAAAAACCUAUACCUAUUAUUCUAUGUGCAUUAAUAGAUUGUUCCAGUACAUUUGUAAAAGGUGGUCAUGAGACACUUGUGUAAAUGUCGUAUGCAGUAAAACGUUAUCACUACAAAUACAAAUAUUAAUCUUUCAGCAAACAUUUUGACAGACGUAUCCUUUUAAGAAACACUAAUUUAAGAACUUUUUCUGCUUAAAAGGGUUUAAGUAUUCAACCCUUAUUUUACAAACAUUGCAAGAUUUAGGUUGCUGUGGAAUACUAAGUAAUUUUUGCAACUGAAAUUCUUAACUUUAAUCCCCCUUUACAGUAGCAUUUAUAAAUUAACAUAUAGAAAUAUUUGAUUUGUAUGAUACAGUACAACUUCCAUGAAAUGCUAAUACUGGUUAUGCAGUAUAAAUUAUCUUUUCUUUUUUACGCGCUCAUUUUUGCUCUUUUUUCCCCUCUACCUUGGAAAUUAAAAACAAAAGUUUCAAUGUAUGUUAGAAUUCAGUAAUAAUUUUUAAAUUUUUACUCUUGUAUAGUGACAUAGGGCUUACAGUAAAAUCUAAUUGCAGAGUACCUGGAAAAACCCACAGGUAAGUUCUCAGCACUGAAAGUUGUUUGUGCUGAACUGAAAAAAGUAUAGAGGUACUUAACAGGGAGAAAAAAAACAGUAACACCAAAAUUUCCCUUUAGAAAAAUGAAAUUGGCCAAAAAAUAAACCCAUAAAUUUUGUCUGUAGCUAUUGCACUCUGGCAUAUUGAAGAAUGACGUUUGCUGCUGCGUACACUGUGUGUGUGUCAAAGUAAGUAAACUACUUGUUAGUCAUGUUAAGUUUGAGUCUAGUACCACAGCUGUAGCAGAAUGCUGCAUAGUCUAACCUUGAUAUUUUUUCUACUUUCUUUCUUUCACAAUUGUGCCUUUUGAUCAGUUUUGAUGAUAUUUUUAUGAGAAUGUGUAAACCGAUAACCAUUUCCCACAAAAGUUAACUAAAGUCCCAUAAGUAAUGUGUUUUUUCCCCCUUAAGCUUAAUUUCUCAAGUGUACUAAACGUAUUUACAAUCCGUUUUCCAACGCGAAAAGAAUGUUCAGCUACGAGGAGUGUCUACUUUCAAGAAAUUUAGCAUUUGGUAAUAAUUAAAUUCGAGGCCUUCAACAUGGGCCCAGUGAGCAGUUUUGCACUAACGUACGUAGUUCAAGCAGUGCAUUAAACUCAAUAAUGUACUCGCUCAUGUACUAAAAUACUCGCUCGUUAACUCACAUCAUGUCCUGUCCUCGCAUAUAAAAAAAUUGCACUACCUAAAGUAGCAUAAGUCAUUCAGUUCAUAGCCAGAUCAUGUAGUUUUUCAACUAAGCCGAGGUUAAGGUGGCAGUAAAUCACCAACGAUCUAAAGUGACUUAAGUGGCGGAGUUACUAGGCAGAGCGUGUAGUUUUUCAGCUAAACUCUUCCCAUCGCUGUAAAUUCACAUCUUCCAGCCGCAAGAUGCAAGUUUGCGAUUAAAAUGCUCUUACUUUCAGGUUUAGAAGUUUUGGUAAAAACUUAUCACAUAUUCCGGUGAAUACGGUAAUUCAUUCUAAAAAAAAAUAACUCAUUCUCUUCCUGCUCUGUGCAACAGCAGCAUAAGUAGAUCCAGGUGUGCAGACUGUGAAAAAGUGGUGUAAGUGCAGUCACAUAAUACUUCUCAUCCUUUGUACAGAAAAAUUGAGUCUCUAGUAUAUUUGUGUUCUAAAAAUGACAGUAGAAAUCUAUUUUUUUUUCAACCCCCUGAAAAUUAAGAGGUUUUUCUCAUUUCAAUAGGAUCAGCUAUUGGUGAUCAGUUUCAAUGUCGCUGUUUUAUAAUUCCAAUCGUGGAGGCUAGUCCAACCAACAAAAGUCGGUAUGAAAAAUACUUAUUUUCCUUUAAUUGCAUAGACAUUACAUGUAUACUAACUGGUCAUGGUUUGGUCUUUUCUUUUCAUGAUUUUGCCUUUUAAGUAGAUGGAUACACAUUUACCGGGCAGUAGCGCAAAGAAGUCUUUUGGAGAAUCCGUUAAAGCAGUUAAGAAGCGGGUAGGAGGUUUAAAGUUGGGAGAAAAAAAAUGCUUUAAAAUAUAAACCAUACUGUGUGUGAUAAGAGAGAACAUUUCCAUUAAGAAUUACCAAUAUUGUAUGUUACGUACACUUGUAAACUGAUACUAAGUUUUAAAUAUUUUUUUUCAAGUGAAACUUGUUUGGGUGCGAUGGGAGUAAAAUUUCAAGGCAGAAUUAUUUUAAUGCAACGUUUUCGUGAAACAUUUGUGGCGCGAAAAGGACAGAGAAUAUGUACUUGGCCAAAGAGAUGUACUUCCAAGUCGAGGUUUGCAUUGCCAAAGAAGUUUCACUUUUAUCAACGUGUACUGAGUUAAACCCGGUGUUCCCCCCCUCCCCUCCACACUAAGUUCUGAUUUUCUCUUGGCAAUGCACAGUUGUGGGUUUUAUUCAAAAGUAAUGUUACAAAAGGCAGUUAAAUUUCUCUUAAAUUAUUUACAGUUUAGAACCCCAUGUCAGCACAUUUCCAAGUCUUCGGGAAGGUAGGUUUAAAAAAAUUACUUGGUAUUGUGUCAAGGCUUCGAUGGUGGUAGCUUUCGUUUUCAAGUUUCAAGCUGAUGGCUAAAAACAGCGGACGAAGCUGUGUAUUUCGGAAAUUCUCAACAGUUAAAAGUCUGCAGUUGGAUUUCAAAGAGUUAGAAAAAUGUUUAAAGCUAAACAGAUCUAUGCGAGCAAAUGCAGCAUUCUAGGUAAUUUUAUGUAAUUUUUUGUUGUUUUACUUGAAUGUUUGUGCCAUACUGUGGCUGGUAAAGUAGAAGUGAGAGUGAAUGUUGCUGAAUGUUAGGUUAUAUAUUUAAAAAAAAAAAAUAGUUGCAUGGGUAUAAAUGUCUAUGUGCAGCAUGGUCAUGAAUGUUGUUAGGUAAGUGGAUUGCUCAGUUGUUGGUGAUGGAGUUCUGCAAGCAAGCUCAGUGCAAUGGAAAUGAAUGUUUCCAGUCGGGUGAUAUGAAAUGUAGCAAUGCACAGACCAUUUCCAAAGCUUGUUUUACGUUAUAUUCAUGCAAAUGUUGCGUGAAAAUGAUUUUUUUUUUUUUGUGUGUUACAUUAAUUUUAAUGUAUUUAUUACUUGAGUGUUGUUUUUUUAUUUUUUACUUGUUUAGUGAAGGGUGAAUGUAUUGUAUUGACGAUUUAGGGAAUAUUUAUCUAAUGUAGCAUCUUUGAUUGGAUUCCUUUGGAUGCAAUGUUUUAAAGUCGGCUAGUUACACUGAAUUUUUUACCCUUCACAUUUAGGAAGUCUAGUUUGUCUCAAAACUGGGAACAGCAAUGUGUACAUUUUCAAGAUCGUGAAUGGAAUAGACGUAAAAGGCAAUAACAUUAGUAAAGUGUUUCAGAAAUUAACUAUAAAAUGUACAUCACUAAAACGCCUAGGAAUUUGCUGACCGUUUAAUUAUGAAUAAUGGCAUUUCACUAGGUUUCUGAGUUCCUGGUUUUGUUUGGAGGUACAUAGUUGUUAAAUUUUGAAAAGAAUAACUUCUCCUUACUUCUAAACCAUUGCUGUAGAGAUGCUGAAUCCACAAGUUUUUCAGGGCAGGUGAUUUUCACUUGAUUAACUGCAAAUAAUCCACGUAGGUACCAACAGUAAAUCUGUUCACUUAAAUUAAUGGGGAAAGAAUAUAUAUAUAUAAAUUUGAGUAAUCAAAAUUAUUAACUAUAAAUAAUAAAACAACUGAAGCAUUACAUUUUAAUUGAUGUGAAUUAAAAAAUGAAAAUUCUGAUUUAAUUUACAGUGUAAACACUAUUAUUUGUUUUAGGUAUUAAUGUGGUUGUUUUUACUGUUAAAGCCAACUUUAAACAAUUAGUUUGCUUAGGAAUAGUGUGUGUUUCAUGUGAGCAAUAACUUUUGAUUUUUUUUUUAUGGAAUGUGAUAAAAUUAAGGGUGUCAUUGUUAAAGAUAUGAUGUAAAUAAAAAAAUAUAAGAAAAAAAA